GAGUUAGACAAACAGGAGAAGACUCAGCCCUGGAAUGUGGACACCAUCUCGAAGGAGGGCUGGAGUAAGACUAUUAUCAACAAACCGGUCCCUAAAGUGGACAGAAGUGAGUUGAGUGACGAAGAGUUGGAGAAGAUUUACAAAGAAUUCAUCGCCAAAAAUGAGAAGAAGAUCAAACACUUCGGCCUUCUGUCCAAAGCCGAUGACUGCAAACAAUAUCUGAUGGCAAACCAGGAGUUGGUAUGCGAAGAGACGGCCAACUAUUUGGCGCUUUGGUGUCUCAACCUUGAGAUCGAGGAAAAGCACGAAUUGAUGGAAUUCGUGGCCAAACAAGUUGUGUCAAUGCAAUACAUUCUGGAGCUGUCGAAACAACUGGAUGUGGACCCCCGCGGAUGUGUGUCGGCGUUCUUCGCGCGCAUCGAUAAAGCGGACAAAGAAUACAAAGAGGCGUUUCAGGACGAGUUGACUUCAUUCAAGGGCCGCAUUAAGGAGAGGGCACUGAAGCGCAUCGAACAGGCCAUGAAAGAGGUGGAAGAGGAGGAGCGCCAGAAGCGUAUCGGUCCGGGAGGUCUCGAUCCCGAAGAAGUGUUCAAUUCAUUGCCAGAAAGCCUUCAGAAGUGUUUCGAGUCACGCGAUGUGACACUUCUGCAGAAAACGAUCGCAGAACUCGAUGAGGAAGAGGCGCGCGUCCACAUGAAGAGGUGCGUCGACUCUGGCCUCUGGGUUCCCGACGCCAAAGACUUGCAGCAAACGUCCGAAAGCGACGAAUCCGAGCAAAAUUCCAACGAAAUCUAUUCGGAACCGAAAGCCAACGAAUAAUUCAAUUGAGGAUCGAUUUCAAGUCUUUUGUAAUUAUUUUCAAAAUCCUUUCAUUAUAUUUAAAAUUCAAUACUUAUUUACAAUUUUGUUGAAUUGUUUCGAAAAAUGAUUUCCUGUCCUUUUAGUGAUUAUUAUUUAUACAAAUAAACCCAAUAUUUGUCUUCAAAUGGCUAAUGCUUCCAAUGAUAUACCUCUUAACAUAAUAUCCA